GCACAAGUAUAGAUUCAUUUUAAGGGUUCUGGAUUUUUUGGAGUUUACCUUCUCCGGACGCCAGGUUCUUUUAGUCUAUAUCGAAGAUUUUCUAAGGGAAUUUAAGAAAAAACAUACAUAAAAUUAAUAAGCCUCCAAAACAACUAAUCACUUUAAAAUAACUAAAGAAUGUUAGCAUGCCAAAAAUGAUUUCUGCCUAAAAUCGAUACGUCCAUUAAUAAGUUUCGAAGCAAAGAAUCGAAUCCUUGACAAAUUUUUCCAUUCUUUCGUCGCACUAGGCCCCUAAUCAAAGUUGGGGAAAACUGCACCUACCGGUGCAUCUAGAAUGGCGGAAAUAGAUGCACAAAAAUAGUUCGACUCGAGUUGUACUAGGAGAAACCGAGAAGCCGCCCACAGUUUAGGUUCGUCGACCGUUGAAAGUCGUCGACGUGUCCGUUUCCCUUCCUAAUGCGUAAAGUUCUCGGCCUCUAAUUUUCCUGGGUUAAUUCUCAUCCGUAAACAUUAAAAUGUUGGAAGAAGAUCCCGAUACAGAGAUCGGGAAUUACUUCCGGACCAAUUUACUCGCCGUGAGGGGAUCCAUCGAUCACGCUGAUUUCAGGAAAUUCUCGAGCCUGGAAAAUGGAGGCGAAAGGGUGGCCUUCAUCCUUUCUUACCCCGAAACCUAUCGUCUUCCUUUAGAAGCAGCGAGUGUCGGCAAAAAGGACCCCGAUAAGAUGUUAAAGCUCAAGGAGACGGGCAACAAGUUUUUCGGUCGCGGGGAUUAUUCCAAAGCUCUGGAACUUUACUCGAAUGCUGCUCUCUACGCACCGAAAGGAGAUUUGGGCGUGAUCUUGGCAAACCGCUCGGCCGCCCUCCACCAUUUGGAGAAACACGAUUUCGCUCUUACCGACAUCGAGGAGGCGAUAAGUCACAACUACCCCAAAGACAUGAUGUACAAGUUAGAAGAGAGGCGGGCCAGGUGUUUGCUAGCCUUGAAAAGACACGCCAAGGCCGUGGAGGCCUUUAAAAGGACCCUGAAGGCCCUCGACGACGCGAAAAUUCCCCUGGACCGGAAACAGAAAAUUGAAUCCGACGCGCGGAUGAUGCUCGCCGUAAUGGAAAAAAGCCGUCAACUGAGUGGCGGGGCAGAUUUUAAGGAUCCACUGGAAGCCUGUCCUGAAAGCGAAAAUAAAUUGCCUCGGAUUAAGGAGCACAACCCUUUGUACCCUCCAUGCAGCAUCGCCAUAGAAAUAAAGGACGCUGGAGACGCUAUAGGAAGACAUGGGAUCGCCACCAGGAAAAUUGAACCUGGAGAAGUAUUAAUCACUGAACGGCCCUUUUGCGCGUCUUUGUUGGCAGAGUACAGGCUCACUCACUGCCAUUUCUGCGUAUCGAGAAUAAUAGCUCCAAUACCAGCUACCUGCUACAAGUGCAGCUCCAUUGCGUACUGCAGUAUAAAGUGCAGGGACAAGGAUGCAGGAACUCAUAAAGUUGAGUGCGAUUUACUCGGUGCACUCUGGUCGUCUAAUGCUUCCGUGACUUGUCUACUGGCUCUCAAGGCAAUUGUGAAACACCCUUUCCAGAAGCUGUGGCAAUUGAGAGACAAAUUACGGUCCAAGGAACCCGAAGAGGUAUCGAGAGAUCGACCUUACAUUGGAACUAAUUACGAGUUUUUCCAUAAUUUAGUUACCCACGAAGACGAGAGGACUUCGGAGGAUCUCUUCCACCGAGCUUACAUAGCUGCCUGGCUAUUGAGACUAUUAAAAACUAAAUCCGUAUAUUUCCCGGAAGAUGAAAGAACGCCGGAUGCUCCGGGCCAACAGCUUUCCGCCUCUGAACUCUUCGUUGCCGACUUGCUGCAGCAUAAUCUGCAGCUUUUGCAAUUCAAUUCCCACGAGAUAUCGGAGCUGGUUAGACCCAAAGACAAGUCAUUGGAAGGAGCGAAGAGCAUCUUCAUAGGUGGUGGAGUAUAUCCUACCACGGCAUUGUUGAACCACAGCUGUAAUCCUGGAGUCGUUCGGUACUUCACGGGGACGACGAUGGUCGUGAGGGCUGUGAAGACUAUUUAUCCUGGGAACGAAGUGUGCGAAAAUUAUGGACCGAUAUUUACCACUACGCCGGAGUCUGAGAGAAAGAGAAAACUGAGGCUACAGUAUUGGUUUGACUGCAAUUGCGAAGCAUGUGCCAAUCAUUGGCCUAUUCUGGAUGAACUUGAUCCAAGAAUUUUAAGGUUCAAAUGUGACACGGGUCCAACCUGCGGAAACGUUCUUCCCGUGAAAACCGACUCCAACGAGUUCAUGAUCAAUUGUCCCAAGUGCAGAAAGAGCACGAAUUUACUGAGAGGGUUGAAAGCUCUCCAAGAUACGGAUCAUUUGUUCGGGGUGGCUUCGAGGAAACUCCAGAACGGUGAUUACACGGGUGCCCUGAAGUCGUACUUGGAGAUAUUGAAGCUCUUCGACGAAAACUUGGCGCUACCCAUAAGAGAUUAUCACGUAUGCCAACAAGGGAUCAGGCUGUGCUUGCUAACUCUCGGAAAUACGGCACAGAUACAGCCAUAAUGAAUAUUCCGAAUAGACAUGCAUCCCAAAGUGAAACGUUUACCCUAAGCCAUAUAUGAUAAAAACCGUUUGUACCGAAUUUACAUUACAAUACCAUAGCACGUUUCUACGGCCUUAUCCCUAAUCAUCGAAGUAUCGCGUGUCCUUCAAAACGUUACUCUCUCACUCGUAGCUACAAAAAUCUUGAAUUACAUUACGUAUAAAGGUACGAUUAAACUCGACUACCAAGAAAGGUCGUAGAUUACAGCUUUAUUUUAAAUCUUAGAUUCGUUAAGAGUACAAAAUAAUUAAUACAACGUAAAACAA